AUGAGCAUUAGCGGAAAGGCUCUUGAGAUUAUGGGUCAGGGCCCUAUUGAGAACCAUGGCUUUGUGCAUCAGAUCACUGUUGAGACCAGCAAGGGUCUCACUCCCGGGCCUAGUCUCGACGAGUUAAAUGCCAAAGCAGUGCAAAUCCUCAACAGGAGUAUGGAGGCACUGUGUGCCAAGAAGACGACCACCACCAUGAACCUGUUCGCAUGGGCUUCACAGGAGAUUAUGUUGGCUACGACAAAUGCGGUUUACGGAUCUAAGAACCCAUUCAAGGACCCCACCGUCCAGGACGCUUAUUACAAAUAUGAGGCCGGUUUGAUCACACUGAUUACAGGCCUUAUGCCAUCAGUAUUGGCCAGGCAGAGUCUUCAAUCGCGAGAUGUUCUGGCUGAAGCCUUUAUAAAGUAUUAUCCUGAAGGCGGUCUUGACCAAGGCUCAUCAUCGGUCUAUGCACGCAAUAGAUACGAGUACCCUUCCAAGCUUGGUAUACCAAUGAGAGACAUUGCAAGGAUGGAAGCAGGAGGCUCAAUUGGGCUCAUCAGUAACACAAUGCCAGCAACAUUUUGGACGCUCUACCACUUACUCUCUGACCCGGUUGCCCUCAGGGACUGCCGUGAAGAAGUAUCCAAAGCUGAUAACGGAUACAGGGGAAACACGGUUCUCAUCCCGAGUACUGUUCAGCACAGCUCAUCGCCUGCUUGGGGUGUCAACGUGCACGAGUUCUACUACAAGCGAUUUGUGAAACCCAAGAAACACAAUCCGGUCGCAUUUCGCGCCUUUGGUGGAGGAGCCACACUCUUUCCAGGCCGCCAUUUCGCCUCCACCGAGAUUCUGGCCUUCGCCAGCGUGAUCCUAUUACGAUUUGACGUCAAGCCGGUGGGCAGCAGUGGUUGGGGGACUGCGGGAUACAAGGAAGCCAAUGCUUCCUUCCGUUUGCCUAAACCAGAUGUCGAGGUGGAGCUCAUUCCUCGGGAUAACAAGAAAUGGGUCGUGUUUUUCUCAGAGCCUGGAAGGGCAAUGGGGAUCUCGAGCGAGGAUAUAACGGCAGCUGGAGGGCAGAGUCAGGUUGCUCAUUAA